CUUCCCCCGCUGGAAGAGCUGCGCAUGCGUUGUUGGGAACGAUCCAGGGUGCCGGGGAGCUGUUGGAUUCAUGAUGUUGCAAACUGAGGCUUGUGCAUUUACCUCUCUUUGUUCAAGCUGAUCAACUGAUGUGAUAGUAGAACAUUUGGAGAGAAUCCUAAUGCCAUUUGGUAGAAAAAUAUGAGUGGGUCAAAGCCAGACAUCCUGUGGGCUCCUCAUCAUGUGGACAGAUUUGUUGUUUGUGAUUCUGAACUUUGCCUCUAUCGUACUGAAUCAGUAGGAAAUUGUGAAGCUAAAGCUGGUUCUUUGAGACUCUCGGAGGACACCACAGCUACAUUGCUGGCGAUUAACUCUGACACUCCCUAUAUGAAAUGCGUUGCUUGGUAUCCUAAAUAUGACCCAGAGUGUCUACUUGCUGUUGGUCAAGCCAAUGGACGGGUUGUCCUUACUAGCCUUGGUCAAGAUCGUAAUUCUAAAUGCAGAGAUUUGAUAGGAAAGGAAUUUGUUCCUAAGCAUGCCCGUCAGUGUAACACACUAGCUUGGAACCCCGUCGACAGCAAUUGGCUUGCUGCUGGCCUGGACAAACACAGAGCAGAUUUCUCAGUACUCAUCUGGGAUAUUAGCAGCAAGUAUACACCAGAGAUAGCUGUCGCAGCAGAGAAGGUUCGACUUUCUGCUGGUGAUACUGAUGCUGGCCUUGUCGUAACAAAGCCUUUGUAUGAGCUGGGACAAAAUGAUGCAAGCCUUUCUCUUUGCUGGCUCCCAAGAGAUCAAAAGCUCCUGCUGGCAGGCAUGCACCGCAAUCUUGCAAUUUUUGACUUGAGGAACACCAGCCAAAAAAUUUUUGUCAAUACAAAAGCUGUUCAGGGUGUAACUGUUGAUCCUCACUUCCAUGACCGUGUAGCAUCUUUCUUUGAAGGCCAAGUGGCAAUCUGGGACUUGAGGAAGUUUGAAAAGCCAGUACUGACACUGACUGAGCAACCAAAACCACUAACAAAAGUGGCAUGGUGUCCAACUAGAACUGGUUUGUUAGCUACGUUAACAAGAGAUAGUAAUAUAAUUCGCCUGUAUGAUAUGCAGCAUACUCCAACACCUAUUGGGGAUGAAACGGAACCCACCAUAAUAGAAAGGAGUGUGCAGCCAUGUGAAAAUUACAUUGCCUCCUUUGCUUGGCAUCCAACAAAUCAGAACCGUAUGGUUGUAGUGACACCUAACAGAUUAAUGUCGGACUUCACUGUCUUUGAACGAAUAUCACUGGCUUGGAGUCCGACUACUUCCCUAAUGUGGGCCUGUGGACGACACUUAUAUAACUGCAGUGAAGAAGGAGAAGCUAGUUCUGGAGAGAAAGAUGUUGCUACAAAAAUGAGGCAGCGGGCAUUAUCAAGAUAUGGGCUUGACACAGAGCAAGUGUGGCGAAAUCACUUGUUGGCUGGAGAUGAUGACCCACAGCUGAAGUCUUUAUGGUACACUCUGCAUUUCAUGAAACAAUAUGCUGAAGAUGCAGAUCAGAAAUCUGUGAACAGAGUGCCUCUUGUAUACUCUGGUAUUAAAGCAAUCGUGAAAUCCAGUGCAGAGAGAAAAACAGAAAAUUAUAAACAUGGCUGGACUGGGUCUGAUCGGCAGAUGGAUUUUAUCAGAUACCAAAGUGAGGAACGAAGCUUGGCUCUGCAACUUUGUGGCUGGAUACAGAAAGGACCAGAGAUUGAUGUGGGUCCCUUCCUGAAUUCAUUAGAGGAAGGAGAGGAAUGGGAACGUGCGGCUGCAGUUGCACUUUUUAACCUUGACAUUCGAAGAGCUAUAGAGAUUCUAAACAAGGGAGCUGCUUUGGGAAAAGGAGAUUUAAACCUGAAUGUUGUAGCUAUGGCACUGUCAGGUUACACAGAUGAAAAGAAUUCUUUGUGGCGAGAAAUGUGUAGCUCCUUGAGACUGCAGCUAAAUAAUCCUUAUCUAUGUGUCAUGUUUGCCUUUUUGACAAGUGAACCAGGGUCAUAUGAUUGUGUGCUGUAUGAGAGCAGUGUGGCAGUACGUGAUCGAGUGGCUUUUGCUAACAUGUUCCUAAAUGAUACCCAGAUCCUUCGGUAUAUUGAUAAACUAACUAAUGAAAUGAAAGAGGCUGGAAACCUGGAAGGAAUCCUUUUAACAGGCCUAACCAAGGAUGGCAUUGACCUGAUGGAGAGUUACGUAGAUAGGACUGGUGACGUGCAGACUGCAAGCUUCUGCAUGUUGCAGGGCUUUCCAAGUGAUGUUGUGAAAGAUCCCAGAGUCCAAUAUUGGAUAGAGAAUUAUAGAAACUUACUUGAUGCUUGGAGGUUCUGGCAUAAGAGAGCUGAAUUUGACAUCCAUAGGAGCAAGUUGGACCCAUUUUCUAAACCUCUUGCACAGGUGUUUGUGAGCUGCAACUUCUGUGGAAAAUCAAUAUCAUAUAGUUGUUCUGCCAUGCCACACCAAGGACGAAGUUUCAGCCAAUAUGGUGUUAGUGGUUCUCCAACGAAAUCAAAAGUCACAAGUUGUCCAGGAUGUCGGAAACCUCUGCCCCGUUGUGCACUUUGUCUUAUCAAUAUGGGAACACCGGUUUCAAGUUGUCUAGGAACUGGAAAGUCUGAUGAAAAAGUUGAUCUCAGCAAAGACAAGAAAUUGGCUCAAUUCAAUAACUGGUUUACUUGGUGUCAAAACUGUCGUCAUGGAGGUCAUGCUGGUCAUAUGCUCAGUUGGUUCAGGGAUCAUCAUGAAUGUCCAGUGUCAGCCUGUACCUGUAAAUGCAUGCAGUUGGAUACAACUGGAAACCUCAUCCCAGCAGAAACGUCCCAGAGCUAGAAGGCACAAAUUCAAGGGACUGUUUUUCAAAUUGUCCUUUUUAAAACCUUCAUGUGUACCUUCAGUCCCUGAGCAAUCAUUGCUGUUAAGUAAUAAAAAAGAACUUCCAACAUCUUGGCAGUUUGCCUGAAUGAUUUUUGUGCUGUAUAGCAGAAAUAUAUUUUGAGUGUCAUGUUUUUGGAGCUGGUCCACUUCAUUUCAAGAUUUUUCUGGAAAUGACUUGAGAUUCUGACCACCAUCCAGCAAAUGCCCCGGAUGACAUUGAAAUAGUACUUGAACUUGCCACUAAAAAUGAACCAAUGUUUGUACUUUGUCUCGAACGGUACAGUCAUUUUAACUUGAUGAGAACAACUGAAUGCAGUUUUUCAGAAUGAGACACUUAACAAGGUAUUGCUUGGAUGUAUGUUGUACACAUUUGUACGUUUUUCAGUUCUGGGAAAUGGUAUUAUUGAAAAUAGAGGAUAUGCCACUAAAAUAUGGCAUUAAGCAAAUUCAAGAAUGGUGUAUUAUUCCAUUUAUAAUUUAUCUCACUCCACAACCUGCUGAAUUUCUACAUAAUUCUAAAUACUGCAAAGAGGAAUAACUGCACACUGAAGGUGUCUCCGUUACUUCUGUUUCACACAUCAGUACUGAUCUGUUAAAUUCUCCCUUCAUGUGAUAUUGUUAAAGACUGUAGUCUGUGAUUCAAUCUAUUAUUAAAUUUAAUAGGGAAUACCAUCUAUUCAUUUCUAUGCAGAUAUAUUUGAGGCAUAUGGUCCUUUUUAGUAAAGCAAUAACUGUUUAGAUAAAUACUAAUUCAUGACCUAAAAUCAGGUUCAGCUUGGCAAUUUAAUUGUUAAAACCUAAUACGGCCAUGGCCAUGAAACUUUGCCAAAUAAAUUCUCAAUGUGCAAAAAUACUGGACAUAUUAAUUUACUUGCGUUGUAAAAAAAGUAAUCUGCACAAUGUAUAAACUGCAUUUACUGUUCAUACUGUGUGUGCCUAAAAUCAAAGAUGUUCUAUUUUUAAUUGGUCUCAAAUUUGUAAAUAAAGUGUACGUGUUUUUCCUUCAAAAAAAACCUACAACUUUUUAGAAGUUUGGAGGUUUUUUCUCUUUAUUUCAUGUGCAUAGUUUAAAGAAUGAAAUAUCACCUGAUAUGAAAUCAGUACCUAGAUUCAUGAGCAUGAAAUUCAAUCAUAAUGUACUGAGGUUCUGCCUGAGCUCUGUCACUAAGUGUUUAGAAUAUUACAAGCUUUCUAGUCAAAUUUAUGAAAGUUUAGAUUUUUUGAAAAAAAAACUAGCCUGACAGUCUGAUAUCCACCACCAUUAAAAAUCUUUUAAAUAUUCUGACCACAAUGUAAGUAGAUGAGUAAGGGGAGGAUAGAGUUGUUCCCCAUCUGUGAUUAACUAAAGAAGUUAAAAGGAUACAUAGGGUCCAUUCAUAACGUGAGGGUGUUACUGGGCAGAUCAGCAUUUACUGCCUAUCUUCAACUGCCCAUUGACAAUCAAUCAAUCAUGUUACCAAAUAUCUGGGACUCAGAAGUAGAAAACUUGAACUCAAAUUUCACAGUUUGCCACGAUAGGAUGCAAAACUACAUGCCCGCAACUUUAACCUGGGAUUCAAGAUUACUAGAGCAUUGACAUUUCUACAUUGUUACCACCUCCCUUGCCUCAGUUACAUUGGGUAUUUUGAGAUCACAUCAUGGCUACUGCAUGGAAUUUUGGUCUUUUAUGGAAGGAUGUAAAUGCAUUGGAAGUGGUCCAGGGGAAGUCUACUAGAUUGAUAUCUGAAAUUAGGAUGUCUAAGGCAGGUUGGGCUUGUUUCCACUGCAGUUGAGUGGGGGCUGACUUGAUUCACUAUUUUAAAAAUUUGGAGUCUCCCUUUCUAGCCAGUGAAGUCUCUACCCAAACACUCCCCACCCCACCCUCAAAAAUAAAAAAGAGACUUUGGAACUCUCUCCUAAGAUGGCUGAUGUUGGGCCUUUUAAUAUUUUUAAGGUGGAGGUAGGCAGAUUCUUGGCAGGCAGGGGAAUCAAAAGGUUUAUUGGGGUUCAAUGUAAAUAUGAAAUUCAAAAUACAAACAGAUUAGCCACAUUUUUUGAAAUGAGAUCAAUGAUUUACUAUUCCUAAAUCACAUUUAUGUGUACUUGUGGUGGAUGUUUCUCAGCUUAUGGUAGUAAAAUAGUAUAUUCAGAUAUUCAAAUUUUGGUUCUGUAUUAUACAUGACACCAAUUUCAUGAUGUCAUUCUUCCAUUUUUAAUAUUGUCAAUUUUAUUUUGUAUUCACCAGGACAAAUGAAAAGUAAUACCUAAGUGAAGUGAAAAUAUUUAUACUGUAUGUUCUUUAAACGUGCCUGGUGCAUUUUCCAUUAUAACACUUCAAUUAGAAUUCACUCGCCAGUCUCCUCUCAACCAGUAUAAUUGUUUUCUAUCUUCUAAUUUUGUGUUUCUCAUGUAUUGUCCUAGUGAAGACAAACUUUUGCCAAAAAGUCUCUUUUCAGCAAUACUCAAGUCGAUAGUACCAAAUAACACAAGCUGAAAUCUGUACCACUCAAAGAAAGCAAACUAAUAAGCAUUUGUACAGUAUAAUAAACUCAUUAUGAUCCCCAACACAGCAAUUAUACAGAGUACUUGACUUUAUUUUAUGUCCUGCCCUGAAAACUGUACAAUCAUAAAGCAGCAUUUCAGAAAUACCAAAAAAGUUAGUCGUUACUGAUGUUCAAACAAAUGAAUACAUUCAUUGAUAGUAAUCUGGUCACAAUGUUUUAACCCAAAUGUCACCAAUAAAACUUUUUUCCAAAAAGCUUUUGUUUUAAAUUGGACUACAACAAACCAUUAGUAAACCAGUAUAUUUUAGAUCACCAUCAUUUAUGAAUCUUAAAUGUUUACAUUUUACUCACUUUUCCUGGGGGUGAAGUACUAUGAUUUGUAAGCUCUACUUAUGGGGGGAAAAAAAAUCAAUUUCUGAAGUGCUGAACUCCCUUGACUUUAAAAAUCCAUGUAAAAUUAUCUUUCAACAAAUGCAUACCUUUGAAAAAUUAGUUUUUCGGUAUUCUAUAAGUGACUCCAUCACACCUUUUCUUUCAUUUCAAACAUAAGAGAUUCCAGAGACCUAGGUUACUAUAUUGACAAAUCUGGAGUAAAAUGAUAAGUUAUAUCAGAUGUUCAAUUGGACAGUUGAGAUCUUAUCUCCCACAUGGUAAUGUCUUUGCAGACUAAAAAAAGGAAAUCAACCACUUCCUGUAACACCAAAUGGAUAGUACUGUGGAAACUCAUGUAUGAUAUUCAGGGCUUCAUUGUAAAGGUG